UCUGGGAAGACCAGAUAUAGUGAAUGCAGGGUCCGGGGAGAGCGGAUAUAGUGAAUGCAGGGUCCGGGGAGACCAGAUAUAGUGAAUGCAGGGUCCGGGGGAGAGCGGAUAUAGUGAAUGCAGGGUCCGGGGAGACCAGAUAUAGUGAAUGCAGGGUCCGGGGGAGAGCGGAUAUAGUGAAUGCAGGGUCCGGGGAGACCAGAUAUAGUGAAUGCAGGGUCCGGGGAGACCAGAUAUAGUGAAUGCAGGGUCCGGGGGAGACCAGAUAUAGUGAAUGCAGGGUCCAUGGAGACCAGAUAUAGUGAAUGCAGGGUCCGGGGAGACCAGAUAUAGUGAAUGCAGGGUCCGGGGAGACCGGAUAUAGUGAAUGCAGGGGUCCGGGGAGACCAGAUAUAGUGAAUGCAGGGUCCGGGGAGACCAGAUAUAGUGAAUGCAGGGUCCGGGGAGACCAGAUAUAGUGAAUGCAGGGUCCGGGGAGACCAGAUAUAGUGAAUGCAGGGUCCGGGGAGA